UAUUCCGGGAAAUUUAAUUCUGCAAUAGUCUAAUAUAUAUUGACACGUACACGUCACGUCCUUUCUGGAACAUUCUUCCAAACGGCGUGGUCAUCAAUUUGGUGCAGCAUCAAUUCUAUCCAUAUCACUUUAAAAUAUGCACAAGACCAAAUCAAAAAGGGGGGCACCCAGAUCCACGACGUCGGACCAGUCUCAGCAUGCUCAGGCAGUACAGACAGGGCGUAAUCGCAGGACACGGAGGAGCAAUGCUGACCCCAGCGUAGCACAUGGCGGAGUCCAGCCACAGAUACCUGUCGUCCAGACACAGAUACCUGUCGUCCAGCCUCAGAUACCUGUCCUCCAGCCCAAAGACCACUUUCAACCCCCACAGCGGGUGCAGCCUGGGGUAGAAUUAACGCCGAGUACAGCAGUGGGACUUGUUCAGGAACCUGGCACCUACAGCCGACCACAACCUUCAGCUAAUCCCAGCUUCGUUCCAGAGGUUGCUUUGUCAAGUGAAAUAAGCCGCCUUUUACACUCAUCCUUAUAUUCGAAAACUGACCAAUUAGGUAGGGGCACCACAUUGACAGUACAUAAGAUGACCGGAACUACUUGUCCAAUACAGGCUAUGCACGAUUAUAUGGAGAUCCAAUUAAAGUGUGGAUUGUUGGAUCCUCCAUUAUUAAGAGGGCAGAAGUGGCUGCCAGAUCCAGGACAGGGGGACCAAACCUUAACGUUCCAAACACGACCAUUUGGUGGCAAGUUUACGGGGGUAUGA